UAUUUGGUUGUCUCCUCGUCAAAGUCGGUUGAAUAACGAUCUCCAAAAACCAACGAUUGAGAUUUUCUAGUAUUCGAAUUAAAUCAUACAACCAAUAGAGUCAAGAAAACAAAGAUGGGUUUGAAAGAUGAGGAGAGCAAAGCUGAGGAAUCUUCAGAAGAUCCAAAGGGACAAGGGACGUUAAGCAGAAAGAACAGCCACAGCUCUUUUUGUCCGACAGAAGAUGACGAAGAAGACGAAGACAAGAAGCUUGAACUUGGUCCAAUGAUCGCUCUCAAAGAACAGAUGGAGAAAGACAAGGAUGAUGAAAGCUUGAUGAGAUGGAAAGAACAACUUCUAGGCAAAGUGGAUCUUGAGGAAGUUGGAGAGACUCCUGAUCCGGUGGUGAAGAUAUUGACCUUAACAAUUAGGUCACCGGAUAGAGAAGACAUGGUAUUGACGGUCCCUGAAGAUGGAAACCCGACAUCCAAAGGACCAUGGUUUACUCUCAAAGAAGGCUCUAAGUACACACUCGUAUUUACUUUCCGUGUGACCAACAAUAUUGUGUCCGGUCUCCGAUACAGCAAUACGGUUUGGAAGACUGGAAUCAAGGUGUAUGGUAGAAAGGAGAUGUUAGGAACGUUUAGUCCACAGGCCGAACCGUAUACCCAUGUCAUGUUUGAAGAAUCGACACCGUCUGGUAUGCUUGUUAGAGGUUCCUAUUCCGUUAAAUCUAAGUUCGUCGAUGAUGAUGAUAAGUGCUACUUGGAGAACAACUACACCUUCGACAUUCGCAAGAAUUGGGUGUGAUCCAUCGCAUAAGUUACUGGAAGAAGAGAAGUUUAUUAUUUAUUAUUCAUUUUCUUGUACUAUUUGUUCUCGACUGUGUAUAUUGAUGGAAUAAAAAGAUGCUUGACCAAAAA